UCGAAGCCAGAGGAAAACGGGGAGCUCUAAAUCCAGAACAUUCUAGAAAUUCGACAUCGAUAGCGAGGUUUCUGGAAGCAGCGCGAGACUAGACCGUGGAGAUCGGAGGCAUGACCAUCGCAUUCCGUUCGUCCCGUUGAUUUUCUCAUAAAUGACACGAGAAACUGCUUCCCCUGCCAGUUUUCGAGAACCCUAGAACUUCCACCGAUAUCGGUCCUCUGCCCCCGCACUCGCCGAGGAUCUCACAGCGAAACACGCUUCAAAGUUCGCACAUUCGAGUCUGAAUUGAUCAGCAGUCGGCCAUAAUGGCUAUGACACCAUUCCGAGACGAUCCCGGUUCCAACGGCAGCGGCGGCGGCAGCAGCAGGAAUCAGAACAACGAUUGCAAGAGCUUGGGGAGGAGUUUAUUCGAUGGCAGCUGCAGUUUGUUUGACAAGCCAUUCGAUCUGUGGGACCCUCUGGAACACAUGAACUCGCUGUGGCAAGACGGUCCGAUGCGCUCCCUUUUCCAGGACGUCAGAGCCAUAGCCGGCACCAAAGUGGACUGGAAGGAGACGUCGGAUGCUCACGUCUUCAAGGCGGAUCUUCCAGGGCUGAACAGAGACGAGGUGAAACUCACAGUCGAAGAUGGUCGCAUGCUGCAAAUCACGGGCGAGCGCAGUAAGGAGAAAGAGGAGAAAACGGACACUUGGCACCGUGUGGAGCGCUCACAGGGCCGGUUUCUGAGGCGCUUUCAACUUCCUGAAAAUGCCAACGUUGAUCAGAUCCAGGCCAAAGUUGAGAACGGCGUCCUCACUGUCACUGUGCCCAAAACUGACAAAGGGCACAGGCCUGUGCAGCGCCAAAUCGACAUCAAGUAGACUCUUACACAAUCCUUCUCUUGGGCAGUUUCCAGUUUAUUUUUAUCGUUUUUCUAAUAACGGGAGCCCAAUUAAUUAAUUAUUCAAAGAGGAUGGAAAUACCCCAUCAAGCCGUACAGAGAUGAAACAGGUUUCCACGUUAUCCCUGAUGGACUUCUUCCCUGCAGACCUUGAGUACCAUGGUUGUCCAACGGCAAGUCAAAACGUGCAGCCAUACAAAUUUGUCGAGAAAUUUACUUAAAGCCGUAGAGGUCUGAAAGGGAUCAUGGCGUGACUGACUGACUGACUGACCCACUUUUCAAACUGGUCUGAAGUACGGACCUUUGAAGCUGCGUGGCUCUGUCAGGCUUAGGUUUGAACACGUUUCAUGGUAACUGAACUCUUCUGUCGAAAAAGUUAUCAAGGAAUGCAAGAUUCAAUUCUGUCGUCGAUAUCAUUUCUCUCAUCUCUUCACUACAUCCCACUCCCACAAGUCUAAUCAGGCACUUGACACUGAUUACCAUGCCGUGUUACUUCAUCUUGCAAACUGUAAAGUUCCAAGCAGAUAAAUCGCCAGGCGGCUGUUCUAAUUCAGAUACGGUAGCAAGGAGAAUACAUGCUCAACGCUUCGAAGAUUGUAUUGUUUGAUAUGAGAGGACCUUGAAAUGGCGGUGGUGUAUGAGCAAUUUACGUGUGCCAACAAAACUGAAGCCCUUCCUUCCCAUUGCCAACCUUACCCUCGUGUCUAAUUCCAGGACAAGAGAUUGAUACC